UUCCUGCCCACAUUUGGCCCGUGUUUUGUUAACUUGUACGGUUCUCCACGAGAGUAUUCCGACUUGCCUGACCGUUUCGACGCGCUCAAUCUAGGCAAAGGAGAGGGUGUUGCUUAUCGUGGCCGUGUCCUACUGGAACUGACCACGGAACUGUUGGAAGACCCGGUCAAGAAUGAGGUCAAACCAAUGGAAGCGGAUGUGAUAGCAAGGAUACGGGAUUCGGCGAUUGCGUUCGAGGUAAGCAUCGGGAACCACGGAAAUAAACUGGACGACUCCGUAGCUCCAUGCGCUUCCACCACACCACCUACAAAUCCGGUUUACGACGGUGAGGCGUACAACUACUUGCCUUGGGGGGAUGACAAACCGUGCACAGUUGUCGAUUCGCAGUGGGAAGAUAUAUCUUACCGGCUGUGCGCGAUCAAUAUGCUAUUAAAAAUCGCUGAUAGAUUGAGUAGAAACAUUGAGAAAAUCAAUGUGGCCGUUGUCGCGGCUCUCAUCCCCGAGGAACAGGCACAGUUGGCGAUUGCUUCACUGGAUGAAUUUAUUUUGGAUUGCACACGUCCACUGCCCAAAUGGGAACCGGAGAAUAGCCCAGAGACCGAACUGGACAAACAGCUGCGUCGCGUACGCGAGCGGGAAUUGAAGAAUUUGUACGAUCAGGCUAUGAAGGCUCGUGAAACAGUGGUCUCAGUAGAAGAAGCGCUGACCCAGUUGAAAGCCUAUCGGGAUGUGAUUUUGAAUUUAGCGGUUGAACCUCAGCGUAGCCUUCCGGAUAUUGUGAUUUGGAUGCUUAGCGGGAAUAAACGUGUGGCUUACCAUCGUAUACCGGCCCAUGAAAUACUAUUCCAUGCGAACGAGGAGUUCCGCGGUCGCUCGUGUGGAAUCAUGCAGACCAUCAACCUAAAAAAACCUCGAUUGAGCACAGACGAUGAGAAUGGAUUUUGGAAAAUUCCAGCCCAAAUACGCGUUAUUUUUUGGCUCGGAUUAGAGAAAGAACAAUCGAAUUGGAGAGAAAUCUUUACCGAAGCGAAAGUUCAAGUGGUGGCCGAAACGUAUGAAAAUCAAGCAUCCAUUAUGGGCAAAUGGGUGACCACUCGUCCCCCGCUGACCAGACCGGCUUGGUCGGACAACACUGGCCGAGAAGAACUGCAAAAAGAUUCAUUCAGGUUACCGGAAGGAUGGCAAUGGGAUGGAGAUUGGUUCCUCAAUCCGGAACGAUCAUUGCUAUACAAAAAGGUGUCUGAAUGGUAUUACCUCCCCCCCCCAUCGAAUUGA